GGUCUGGAUUGACAAAUAACUUGACAUGCAUGAGUAGAGAUGGAAAUGGCCAAAUGAAGAAAGGAAUUUGUGAUCAGGACGGUGGAAUAUUUCUGUUUUUGAUAUUCAUAGAUGUAACUCACGUACGGAUCGAAAUGAGGAUAGCACAGUCGAUGUAAUUAACACGAUAAUGUAGUAAGGUACACGCAGAUGUCGGGUAUUGAGGUGAAAUGGCGGAUACUAUCAAAAAAUGCACCCUUGAUGUUUAUGUAAAAGACGGUCGCCUGAAGGAAGUCGAGGAGAAAUUCGAUCGCAUUAAAGACCUUUUUAGUGUUGAAUUGAAAUAUGGAUCCUCACAAGGCAAACAGUAUAUGGUCAAUCCCGGAAAAUGGCUGGAGGUUGUGGGGAAAAGGGAGAACGCCGUCAAAGCACGGGAAUAUGUCAAGGGUAUCUCAUACCCCGAGGAGGUUGUUCGCUUACCGAUCCCCGAGCCUAUGGUCAAGUCUGUCUUAGCUAAAAUUACAGACUUAGAGAAAGAAACGGCAGCCAUAAUUUCAUUGCCAAGUAAUGGGGAGAUUGUUGAAAUCAGUGGCUGGAUCAAUGGCGUUACCAAAGCUGUAAUGAAUAUUGAGCAGGCCAUCAAUGUUUUUCUGGAGGAACAGGCCUUAGUGGGAGCGGAUCUUGACCAAGUUACAACAGAUGAGCAAUCUGCAGGAAUUGUUCUUAGUUCAGAUAAUCACAACUUAAAUGUCAGCACGGAUGCGGCGAUAUUUUCCCCUGUACCUCCUCAGUAUUACGCACAGAAUCGUCAGUAUUACGCAGAAAAUCACGAAGAUGUCGAGCUGGCCGCUGGGAAACUCGAUGCACCGUGCGUUACAAGUGCAGGGCCAAAUCAAAACAGGUGUAGUUGUGGAAACUUGAACGACUCACCUAAACAAAGUUACUUUUAUUGUAAUAAUAACAAUAAUGAUAACAGAAAGCAGGGUAGUUGUACAUGCGAUACCGAAAUACCAAAACAAGGCAGCUUCAACUUUGCACCAGGUGCAGCCUCUACCGAGCCAACGUUGACGGCUGACUUGAUGGAGUUUGGUUUGAAAUUGGGCUACAGUCAAGACGAAGUCAAGUCAGCCAUGAAAAAACUCGGUACAGAGACUGCUGUUAACCAAAAUGAACUGUUACAUGAACUUAUAAAAGCUUCAACCUCAGCUAAGCAAAUUGGAAAAAGUGAUGAAUGUAAAGUGAACGAGAGUACUGGCGGAUACCCAAGACCCACAGAUACUGCUAUCCUAAGACAUGUUGUUAUUGAUGGAAGCAAUGUUGCGAUGAGCCAUGGAACAAACGCAGUUUUUUCAUGUCGUGGAAUUGCCAUUGCCGUUGAUUGGUUUCGAAAAAGAGGCCACAAAGUUACCGUUUUUGUCCCAAACUGGAGAAAGGAAGCAUCUAAACCAGACACGCCAAUUAUUGACCAAGAAUACUUAACUCAACUCGAAAAAGACGGGGUGCUGAGUUACACACCUUCACGGCGAAUCCAAGGUAAACUUGUACAAUGCUACGAUGAUCGUUAUAUUGUCAAACUGGCGCUAGAAACGGAUGGAGUCAUCGUAUCAAAUGACAAUUUCAGGGACCUGCAGGAAGAUGUACCAGACUGGAAGAAUUUUAUCGAGCGUCGCCUUUUGAUGUAUACAUUUGCAAACGAGGACAUUUUUAUGCCUCCUGAUGAUCCCCUUGGACGGCAUGGUCCUUCCCUUGAAGAGUUUCUCAGGACAACAGGGGAGCAUAAAUUACGUCAGUGCCCUUAUGGCCGUAAAUGCACGUUUGGGCAUAAAUGCCGGUUUUACCAUCCUGAGCGCACGUCGCAUUCAAAUGCCUUAAGAGGCAAACUGUUUCCGAACCCUGCACUUCAUACCUUGCAUCAGCAGCAGCAAAUGCAAGGGGCAUCCAGACCGCGGUCUGAUCCAUGCCAUUCAAAUGUGCAUGGUGCCCAAGACAACAAUCGAAGGCCUAUCAGCCUUCCAAAUCUUGAACAGUUGUGGAUCUCUAACCCCCCAGGCUCAUAUGUACCAGUUGGUCCCAUGCCUGCACAAAAUGCCCAAGGUCGUCCUGUGUCAGGACCACCAUUCCAAGAAGGGCAAUACGGACAAAAUGAACAAGCGAUUCCUCGUGUUUGCUCUUCUGGAGAUAUGAUGCAGGCAUCUGCCAAUUUGGCAAGGAGGUUGAGCGGAGAAUACAAUCAUUACUCGCCACAACAGGGUGGUCAAUAUAUGCACGGCGGAAUGGUUGUUAACCAGCCUAGGCCACCUUCUGGUGGUGAUUAUAUUGGCCGGCCUCUCUCUUCUGAUUUCAGUAGCCGACCACCCUCUGAAGACUUUAGCUAUUGCAGCGGAAACAGUAGGCCGGCAUCGGGCGAAUUCAAUUCUAGUAGGCCUAAUUCAGGUGAUUAUACUGCUAGUCCAUGGAAUGGUAUUGGAUACCAGCGGUCGGUCUCAUUUGCUCCAUCUGUCCAUGGAAAUCAAAUUCCCUACAUGGACACGAGGAAUUUUUACCCUAUAAAAGGUUACUACAAGAAUAGGGGCCCGCCAAUGCCAGAGACAAAGGAAGAGACACGAAUACCCAACGGGUUGACACGAAUGGAUUUACUCGAUAAAUUACGGGAGAUGUUUCCAAAUCAUAACUUUGAUAAAAUAUUGUCUAUCCUACGAAAUCAUCCGGAUAUAUCAAGCGUGGAGGAUGCUCAAAAUUAUAUUUUGAACGAAUAGCAGAUGCAGCUGCAGUCCACAUUGGAGAGCAGCGCAGUUCCCUCCGCUUAUGCUGGCCGUUAGCUGACCCUCCUUAGCGGCCCAUCCAAAGUCGAUAGCAGGCCUCUAAUUCUGCGUCAAAGCUGGCAACCUGACAUUAUACCUGUCGCGUGCCACAAUAGAUUAAUUAGUUUCGAACCAGGCGGUGGCCAUUGCUAGAACCCAAGAACAAGCCGAUCGAGAAGAAAAAUACCAAUUCGCAGGUUUUGAAAUCAAGGUAAGACAAGAUAUUUUCAAAUAUUCGUGUAACUGGUCGGUUAUUGACUUCAAUGGUAAGUUUCCAACUGGAAACAGUAAGUUGUACUUUGGUUCUGGGAAGGAGAAAGGUGGAAAAAUUCCAAUGUCUUUUUAUAUAACGUUGAAUUUCUGACACAAUCUUAAAGCAGCUCCCUUAUCUGAUAAUAGUGGAAGCAUAAUUUUAAAGCUAACAGUUAUAAAUUUCAAGCUUGCAAUCUUUUGAUAUGACUGGGAAAUUUGGCAAAUUUGGAAUGACAAUUUUGGUACACAGGAAUCGACGAGUUUUUCGAAGAAGCCAAAAGAGCUUGCAUAGCCUCAAUUUCCGACAUGAUCUACCAACCUGUUCCCUGUUAAUUAACUUGUGAUCUCUUUAUGCUAGCAAAUCUCUUGCUUCUUGGAAUUUUUUCCGUCUUGGAACCUCGUCCUUCCCAGAAUCUAUUACUUCUCGGAAUUUCAAGGAAAUGAACACGAUCGCAAUGAUUAAUGUUGUGAACUUUGUUUUUAGACUAAGAUAUGGUCUUAGGCCCAUCUGUAAACCAUCGAUUGAUGUAAAGUUUGUAAAAUCGUAACAUCGAUUCUACGUAUACCAUGAUUUUAACCGCCUUCAGAGUAGUGUCAAUAUAUUCGCAUUUUUGUAAAUAUGUCUCCUAGCACUUGGCACCUUGAAAUGAAGGACAUGUAAGAUUAAUUGUAUGAUCUGACGGAAACCUCCCUUCACUCGAUCGAAAAAUUUUGUACAGCGAUAUUUCAUAAGGCAUACUUUUAUGCAGAAAACCGAGGACCCUUCAGCAGAAUUUCAAAGCAUUAUGUUGACGAUGUCUUGUAUCUUUACUGCAAUUUCAAAUCAAUGAAAAGAGUUUUCCUUUCAUUUGUGUUCCAAUCUUGAUUUUCAUCAUGCGCCGUAGGUUUUUAGGGUUAUUAACAAAGUUUAGGCCACCUACAUCAUUUAAGCUCCGAAACCAUAUUGGAUUCCAUUUUGCGUAUAAGCAAAGUAUCGUAGGCCAUCAGUUAUUGAUACUCCUCUUUCCCUAAAAAAAUACACUGCAAUAGCGUUACUUUGUAGGUAAAAAACUAUAGGAUGCAUAAGAACUACUCUUUUCAAACCGAGAUUCUAGAGAAGCAAACUCAACUGGAUAUCGUGUAUUGUUUUGUAUCUUUGCAUUGAUAUCUUGAAGCCAAAAACUCCACUUUUUGUUAGCAAAGAACUCACACCACAUUUUGCCCAAUAAAGACCCUAAUACUUGAUCUCACCAAGUCGAUAGUCGCAGAUAUCAGUACUGAAUACGAACUAGAAAUUCCUACCAUUUUUUGCUCGGCCAAUUUUGCUGUCCCACUGACUUAAGCGCCAGUUAAGCACCUUGCGGAAACUUCAAUUUUUAUGUUCAUCCGUUUUCACUUCCUUUUUGAAGUAAAUUAUUAGUUCGCCAGGUGGAAUUUAGAACGAAAUAGAUUUGUUUAACUAAGAAUAUCGCGCUUCGUACCUUAUUUAAUCUCAAUAGCCAAUGAUUUAUCGUUUGCCUCUUUAGCCAUUUUGUAAGUGGUGCGUGUACUGGCUGAUUACAGGAUGAUCAAAUAAAGAAUGCUCUUAGUAAGAGUUCGUUUUCAUUUCGUUUUUUCGUUUUGCAUUUAUUGUCAAUAUAUGCUAUGUGUGUGAGUAUGCAAUGUAUCCUAAUCUGGUAUCCAGGUCCCCAAUGUGUGAUGCAAUCACCCAUUCGUGCAUAUCUCGCAGCCUCUAUUGCAUAUCCUGAGAACCUUCUUUUAUACCUUGCCGAACUUCCCCUGCAUCCCGCAGCCCCAUGUUCAAUCCCUCCCUUCUAUUCAUUUGUAAUACGCCCCAAACUAUAGUACAAUUUUAUAAUGAUGGCUUUAUGAACUUUUAAUGUCUAUCUGACCAAAGGAAAACGCUAGCUUUAUGUGUCGCCAGCAAUAGGCCAUUUUCUAAGUGUUGGUUUGCCAGGGUAUUGUUUAUUUUGUUAUUUACCAUUAAAGUUCUCAGUGAAUCUGUAACCUAUCUGAAUGAAACUAGUACAUUGCUUCAAAAUUAUAGUAUUCCUAUUGCAGUAUUACUAGCAGGUUGAGUAGACAAUGCUCAUCUAAAUAUCUGUCUCCUUUAUACCGUGCUUCUGCCUCUUCUUAAACAUUCGCUUCAAAAUACACAACGAUAGCCGUUAAGUAGGCCCCUAAUUAUUCUCUUCUAGACAGUCGUUUCGUAAGUUUAUAUUCGAUACUGUACUACCUUAACCCCACCCAUUUGUACCACCCAAUCUCAUUCGAUCGCAGCCAUUUUGGCUGAAAUACCAAAUUUAAUUCAGAGGCUCGCCAAAACCGAAUAGAGGGCGUCGAAAGGUGAAUAAUUUCUGGUAUAGAUGAAAUUCUGCAACCUUCCGUCAUAUCAGGACAGCAACAUGUUUGGGUCAGCGUUAUUAAGUGACCCAGACAAGCAAUCGAAUAGUUAGGAACUGUGCACCUUUUUCGUAUUAGCCCUUUAAAUUUAGAUGAAGUUACGCGUUUGUCAAUUAGAUUUGAAGUUCCUGCAAUAUACGAUAUUGUUUUGACUCUCCUCCACCAAGCAUCCCUUCGUUAUAAUUUGCUGUUUUGUCAUUUCUAGUCUGACUUUAUCUCCCAUUUCCCAAUUUAUAACCUUAUUCUAUCGUCUCUCAACCACGAGACAUCGGGUAUCCUUGUUUCUAAUUAUUCGCUAAGUAAUAUAAUUGCUGCAAAACGAAUAUUUUUUCUUGUGAGAAGUACUCUCUCUGACUAGGAGAGAUUUGAUAAUUUUCCCACUAGCAAAGCUCGUUUCAUUUCGAGCUCCUUAAUGAUACUCGUAAGAAUUCAAGAACGCUGGUUACUUUAUAAUAUGAUUUGAAACUAGUUUGACAUUUUUCGUUCAGAGGUUAUCUUCAGGAUUUCCUGAGUCAUUUAAAGAACUUUAAGCAUGUAGAACAAUCACCAAGGCAAAGGACAAUGCUUUUUUCUUUUAGUCCGCGAGGACUGAGCUCGUUUGCUGGAAAAGAAGGGAGACAGUUUUUAGAGGCUCAUUGAAAUCAUCAUUUCUCUUUACCCGACCGUAAUUCAGUCAGUUCUCGGAAUAGAAAAUGCUGAUGUCCUCUCGACGUUGACUUAAAUCGUAGUUUAGGUUGAUUGAUUUGUAAGUUGGUGGUUGAUUUAUAAGUUGAAAUAUAGUGUCCUUUUGUAAGUAUAAUUUGUAUCAACGUAGUAGAAAAAUUUUUUGUAUUGUAAAAGUGCAUCAAUUUCUUAUCAAUAUUGGAUAGCCAAAUUUUGUAUGUUUGAGCAGUCGAUCCUAUUUUCAUACUUAAGUCAUUUAUGUACUCCAUUUUUAUAUAUGAUAGUUCUAGUUUUGACUAUAUUCGUAUUUUUAAAAGCGUAUAAUGUAGAAGGUGAUUUCAAAUACUCAUUUUUGUAAAUGUAGUUUCGUAACAUAACUUAGUAGACAGAUAUCCGACACUAUUCAAAUCGUUCUUUAGUUUCACCUAGUAUAAAUUUAUUCAUUUUUGUGGCAUUGAUCUUGAAUAUUUGCAGAUUUUGCGCUAAUUUUAAUUAUAACAACUGACAAGGGUAUCAUUGAAACGAGGCAGGGCACACAUGAUUAUUUCGACGGCCAAACCUUUAAAGACCUUCGAGUGAUUUAAGGGGGCCGUUAUAUAGCACGUGAUUUCAACUUCGGUGACUAUUUCUUGGACACAGUUGCAUUGAUUAGGGAGAUUUUGCAAAGCAUAGAAGUUAUUUUUCUCCUUGACACCGUUACUCAUCGUCUUCAUUUUAGUUAUCAAAAGUUCCCUUGCCUCGUUCGAUGAAAUCUUCAAGAUACUGUUAAAUUUUUAUAUAGCUUUCACCGCUGGGCCCAAAUCGCCCAGAAUGGACCUCUCUGGAAGAUGUGCACUCCAGCCGUCUUCUUGAUAUUUGCCGUAUUGAGUUUGUUAUCUUCUUAAAUUUUGCAUAUUAAUUAGCCAGAAUUCUCGGUCCUGAAAUUUCAAAUGUUAAACAGUUGAUGUUUUUAAUCGUAAGAUGCCAUUAAACUUGGGGUUUUUUUACCUUCAACAGACUGUUUUGUCUGUAUAAACCAUGCCUUAGCACAUCCCUGUGUUGGAAAUGUCGUAAAGACAGGGCUUUUUCGAUAUUGGUUUUUUUACUUGUCUUAAAUGUAUGCAAAGUUUUUGAGACAUAGAUGAUCUUAUCUCAAAAAUUCUUGAGCUCCAUCCCAGAUUUGUCUUUCCUCAAAUCUAACGUUUUCAUUACAAUAACAGAACAUGAAUAUCCAUAAUAAGUCUGACUCUUUGAGACAUUUCCAAGACAAUAUUUUGUAUAUUUUUGCCCGAAGAUAGACACAGAAAACUUGUAUAGCAACAGAGCAAUUCAAUUUUGUAAUCAAGUAAGUUAGAGAUAUAUAAGUGAGAGUACUGUGUAAGUCCUUUGUUUUUCUAACAGAAAUGUAAAGUCGUUUUGAUAUGUUUGCUUUAGUUUUGUAAUCGUGCAUUGUAUUGGCAUAAUUUGUGAAAUUCAA